AUGUUUUAUUUCCACUGUCCGCCACAGCUAGAGGGCACUGCACCCUUUGGCAACCACUCUCCAGGAGAUUUCGAUGAUGGGUUUCUGCGCAGAAAACAGCGCCGGAACCGGACGACAUUUACUCUUCAGCAGCUGGAAGCUCUUGAGGCAGUUUUUGCCCAAACACACUACCCUGAUGUCUUCACCAGAGAAGAGCUGGCCAUGAAAAUAAACCUCACAGAAGCCAGAGUGCAGGUUUGGUUCCAGAACCGAAGGGCCAAAUGGAGGAAAACAGAGAGAGGAGCUUCCGACCAAGAGCCAGGAGCCAAGGAGCCCAUGGCAGAGGUGACACCCCCGCCUGUGCGAAACAUCAACUCCCCGCCCCCCGGGGACCAGGCCCGGAGCAAGAAAGAGGUCCUGGAAGCCCAACAGAGCCUGGGGAGAACUGUGGGUCCCACAGGACCCUUCUUCCCCUCUUGCUUGCCGGGGACCCUCCUGAAUACGGCCACGUAUGCCCAGGCUCUGUCACACGUUGCCUCUCUGAAAGGGGGCCCACUGUGCUCUUGCUGUGUCCCAGACCCCAUGGGGCUGUCGUUCCUCCCCACCUACGGCUGCCAGAGUAACCGCACGGCCAGCGUGGCCGCCCUGCGCAUGAAGGCUCGCGAGCACUCGGAGGCCGUCCUGCAGUCCGCCAACCUCCUGCCCUCGGCCAGCAGCAGCCCCAGCCCUGUGGCCAAGCCGGCACCCCCCGAUGGCAGCCAGGACAAGAACCCUCCCGCCAAGGAACAGAGCGAGGGAGACAAGAGUGUAUGAGGGUCCGGAGUGCCCAGGCCCGAGGCGCCCUCCCCUGCCCCCUGCUUCUCCCAGCCUCAGCCCCUGUGGAAAACUCCCCCAAAAGCAAAGGGAAGACUGCGGCCCAGGGCCUCCUCACGGACUCAGGAAGGGAAGUGAGACCCACGGCUUCCUCGGCAUCUGGAGAGUGCUUCUGGAGUCCUACCGGCGGGGCUGUGUUGUCCUGGCUUCUUUGGUGACAAGUCUGGAUGGAACUCGUGGGCACCAGAGCCCAUUCUGUGGUGAGACCGUUGGGGUUUCCAUCUGGGCCCAGAAGUCUCGGAGGGAAGUAGAGUUACUCACCCCCUCGCCUUCCUGACCCUUUCCUGGGCUGCCUCUGAAGGUCUUACCAACCCAAAGAACUGCGGCAUGGGCCAUCCUUGAGAGACAUCCAGGGCUGAGUCUUGCGCUCCGAAGCGGGGUCGUGCUGUUACAUUACGCACCAACGGACUCUCAACUGCCCACCACCGAGACUAGCAGCC